AUGACUAAAGUAUUCCUCACGGGAGGCUCUGGCUUCAUUGCCGCACACAUUCUGGAGGAGCUGUUGCGUCGAGGCCACUCGGUAGUAGCGACAGUACGCUCCGCCGAGAAAGGAGAGAAGAUUCUGGCAUCUCAUAGCUCUGUUGGUAAGGACGUUUUGGACUACAAGGUCGUCGAGGACAUCUCACAACCAGGCGCCUAUGACGACGCCAUUCUAGCCAGUCCUCCAUUCGAGGCUGUAAUUCACGCCGCCUCGCCGUACCACUUCAAUGCCACCACACCGGAAGCCAUAGACCUGCUCAUCAAAACUGCCAUCGAUGGCACAGUCGGCAUUCUGACGGCUGUCAAGGCAAAGGCACCCACUGUGAAGCGGAUCGUCGUCACGUCAUCCUUCGCCGCCAUAGUCGAUCCUGAGAAACCCCCCACCUAUAAGUACUCCGAGAAGGACUGGGACCCGGUCACCAAGGAUGAGGCCUACGAAAGUCCUCUUACAGCGUACCGUGCAAGCAAAACUCUUGCCGAAAAGGCCGCCUGGGACUUCGUGGAGAAAGAGAAACCCAACUUCACCCUCGCAACAUGCAAUCCGCCUCUAGUCCUCGGACCUAUCAUCCACGACCUGAAGUCGCUAGACAAUAUUAAUACUUCGAAUGCGCGUAUAAGGGAUUUGAUGACGGGCGCCUCCAAGGCCAAACUCGGUGGGACCGGUAAUCAUCUGUACGUGGAUGUGAGAGAUAUUGCCACGGCUCACGUCCUGGCAAUGGAGAAGGACAACGCGGCGGGCAAGCGCUUCUUUGUUACGAAUGGCAAUUUCAGCAACGCCGAGAUUGUUGACAUCGUCGACCAGAACUUUCCGGAAUAUAGGGAUGGCCUGCCGAGGGGCGAAGCUCUGAAGCUUGGACAGUACCCUCCACAGGGCGUAAAUGGGUGGGACAACACUCAAUCGGUCGAAGUGCUGGGCUUGACCUAUCGUCCACUGAAGGAAUGCAUCAUUGAUACAGUCAAGAGUCUUCAGCCAUUUCUGACGUCCUAG